AUGGCCACCUCCAACCGGGCCCCGACUGGGAGCAGGAAGAAAAAGACCAGGACCUUUUCAGGCUGCUGGACCUGUCGCUCGCGCCGCAUCAAGUGCGACGAACGUCGGCCCGUCUGCGACCGAUGCUCGCGCGCACGCAUCGCCUGCCAAGGCUACGGCGUCAGGCUGAAUUGGACGAAUGCUCCAAGCAGCGGUGCCACAUCGACUGACGGUCGGCCAACCGUGUCCGGCAACGACAAGUAUGCCGGCUCUGCCGACAACAGAGCGGGUGCCGCCUCUGCCGCCACAGGUUCAUGGGAAUACGCCAAGCACACACCGCCGCCAUGGUCUUAUCCAAGGUUUCGCUCUGUCCAAGUUGACGAGCUGGCAGUCCCUUCGUGCCAAAGGGACCUACUAUAUCACUGGGUUUCCUUCAUGUGCAAGAACAUGGUGCCGGUAGAUUUAGUCGAUAACCCGUACCGACUUGUACACCUCCCCUUUGCGUUCACCGGCAUCAACCUGCCAGUCACCCAGUCAAGCAGCAACCUCGCUCUAUUCCAUGGCCUCUGUGCCGCCUCGGCCGAAAAUCAGUUAUACCUGGGCGUGGCGAAACCCGGCGUCACAAAAUUGCUCGCCGCGCGCCACAACCGCCUCGCCCUCCAGCAUCUGCAGCUCGCCAUCAACUUCCAGUCCCCGAGAGACAGCGACAAUGUCACGGCCGUCCUGAGCGCAAUCCUGUUCUGUAUACUCGGAGAUGUCGUCGGCGGAGAGGCCCGGAACUGGCGCGGCCACGUACAAGGCGCCUUGGGGUGUCUUGCUGAUCCGAGCGAAAUCGAGGUCCAGGCCGGCUCGCACAUGCACAUGGUUCUCGAACAGUUGCUCUGUCUUGCCGUCUUCGGAAACGUUGAGACCACGUAUGACAUUGGCACGCUCAUCGCCAAGCUUCCUGGCGCCAUUAGCUACAUGAGCCAGUACCAUGGUGUUGACAAGUUUAUCCUGCGCUCGGUGUUUGCCAUCAACCAAUACGUCGCUGGCAUCGGGAGCAGGUCCGACACGGCAAGAAUCAGCAAACUAGAGCUACGGCGACUGGAGCUCCAAGCCAGUCUUUACGCGCCAGCUACUGUCUCUCCGGGGAUUUAUUUGCGUCGAGAGGAUGCCCAAGCGGCGAUGCAUUAUGCGCACGUUUACUAUUACGCGUUGCUGAUUUAUUUCCAGCGGUGCCUUUACCAGUCUUCUCCUGAGAGUGUCUCCGGCAUGGUUGACCGUGCUCUGUGCCAUCUUGAAACAGCCGAGGAGAUUGCCGGCGCCUCAAACGGGUGUAUACUAUUGUGGCCGUGUCUCGUCAUUGCCGCCGAGUGCGGCUCUUCGUGUAUGAAGGCCCGGGCGUUGGAGUGGUUCAAGCGGAAGAGGCGGCAUGGCUUUGCGAGUGUCGACACGGGGGCCAAUAUUCUCACCAACUACUGGAAGUGGAGAGACGAGAAUCCCGACGAGGCAUCUCGUACGACUUGGCAGGAGUUUGUGAGGGGAACCGAGGACGAUGUCGUGCCAAUAUAA